AUGAACUUUUUGACUACAGCGCUGACAAUCAUCUGGAUGCUCCAGACUGCAUUGUCAUUGCCAAUAUAUCGGUACCACACAAUUUUGGACCCAAAUGGACAACUGUCCUUGGACUGGGAUGUGGACGGUGUGCAACAGUUGGUAAAGUUCCAGUUGGUCGCCAUGGUGAACAAUCAUAAAAACAAUUGGUUUGGUCUGGGUUUUUCUGACUACGGAAUGACUAACGAUGCCGACCUCGCUGUUUAUUGGGAGGCCAAUGGAGUUCACCACUUUCAGGAUUGCUGGACGGACGAUCAUGGGCGUUUACACGUUGACAGGCACCAGGAUUUUAUUUUAGUAACAUCAUCUAUUGAGGGACAGAAGCGCAUUCUGGAGUUCCAAAGACGAUAUGACACGUGUGAUACACACGACUAUGUCAUUGAGAAUGGCACUACACAUAUAUUGUUUUUCUUCGGUGAAUCCAGUCCCCGUACAUUGGAGGGUGUGUCAUUGUCUGGCGUAGGAGUUCAAGUCACACGGGUACAGCUUCUAAAACCGGACAUCCCCGCCCCUGUGUUCCCAAGUGAUACAUGGACAUUUGACGUCACUGCUCCUUCGAUCACAGUUCCCGAUAAGGAUACUACAUACUGGUGGUAUCUUACAAGGCUUCCUCACCUGUCUGAAAAACACCAUAUCAUCAAGUACGAAAGUGUCAUUCAACCCGGAAGUGAGCACCUAGUACACCACAUGGAGGUAUUUCAGUGUGAAAUCGGCCCCAAUGACGUCAUCAGACCUUACAACGGCCCCGGAAUGGCGGAAGGGAAGCCACCAGGACUGUCCGCAUGUCGGAAUGUUAUCGGAGCCUGGGCAAUGGGAGCUGGGCCAUUUAUACUGCCCCCAGAAGCCGGAACACCAAUAGGCGAGAAGUCUACAUCCUCCUUCAUCCUCCUAGAGAUACAUUACAACAACCCUAAUAUGAUCAGAGGCAUGGUGGAUUCGUCAGGAAUAAGAUUUUAUGUCACACGUCAUUUGCGUCGCCAUGACGCUGGCAUUAUGGAACUUGGAUUGGAAUACACAAACAAAAUGGCUAUACCUCCGGGUCAGACAUCCUUUCCACUUACUGGUUAUUGUAUCGCUGAGUGCACAUCUGUGGGCCUUGGUCAUCAGAGCAUUCACAUAUUUGGAUCACAAUUACAUACUCAUUUGACUGGAAAGAAAGUAUAUACCAAACACGUUCGUGAUGGAGUAGAGCUUCCAGAACUCAAUCGAGACAAUCAUUACAGUCCACAUUUCCAAGAAAUCCGUCGUCUUCCUGUUCCAGUCGAAAUUCGUCCGGGUGACGCCUUGGUGACUACAUGUGAUUACCAUACUGAAGACAGACCAAACGUUACAGUGGGCGGGUUUUCUAUCAAGGACGAGAUGUGUGUAAACUAUAUACUAUACUACCCCCGGACAAGCCUUGAGGUCUGCAAGUCCUCAGUACAAACAUCAAGUCUUCAUAAGUUCUUCAGCUUCCUCAAUAUGUGGGACAAUGACAAGACAUCGAGGAGGAAGGGCGACAGAGAAAACUACAGUUCAAUCCGCUGGUCACCUACCACCACAAAGCUUAUGUUGUCACUGUACGACAUGGCACCACUCUCGAUGCAGUGCAACAGAUCUGAUGGCACACGCUUUCCGGGAGUUUGGGAACAAGCAAAGAAGACACGCAUAAAUCUACCUCUCCCGAAGCCAAAGUCGCGAUGUCGUUCAAGACGCCUGUUCCAUUGA